AUGUUUAUUCUCGUCAUAGUCUACAUUCGUAUUCAUCCAUUAUUUUCAAAUGUUUCAAUUCUUCUCACAUGUAAUACAUAUUUCACAUUACUCUUAGGAGCUUUCUUGAUGUUAAUUAUAUAUAGUUAUAAUAUAUACGGUAGUUUGAAUUCUUCUGAUUUUCUUAAUAAUUAUUUAUGUCAAUUACGAGGAUAUUUUAUUCAUGUUUUUAUAUGUUCAUUUUAUUAUUCAUGUGUUCUUCAAAGUAUUUUUCGAUUAUUUCGUGUAGUAUUUUAUAAACAGAAAAAAUUACAAUCACAUUAUAUUUUUCUUAUUGGAAUAUUUAUUCAAUGGCUUAUAUCAUUUCUUUAUAUUUUAAUACAUCUUCUUACAAAUAAUUUUCAAUAUUCUUCUUUAGCAUAUAGUUGUUGGAUUUCUUUUAAAAAUAUUCGUGCACUUUUUCAUGCUUUACUAAUUAUGUAUAUUGGUCCUAUAUUAACUGUAUGUUUAAUGUAUGCUUACAUCAUUCGAUAUACUCGUCAAACAAUUCAUAUUCAACAACAACGACAAAUUCAUAAUAAACGAGAUUUACUUGUUCUUAAACGUAUUGCUAUUCUUGUAUUUGUUGAAAUGGGUAUUGGUAUAGCUACAUUAUUUACAUUAAUUAAUUAUAUUAUAACUAAUUAUUUAAUUUCAAUAGCUUAUCAUUUACAAGGUUUAAGUAUAUCAGGUGGAUUUCUUAUGGGAUCUAUUGGUUUUGCAUUUAUUACACCACAAAUAUAUGAUAUAUUAAGAAAUAAAAAAAGAAAAAUAAAUCCUAUAAUUAUAAUUAAAGUCAUACCUCGAAAAUCAAACUAA